AUGUCCGCUAAGGGAGGCAAUGGCAAGAAACCGGCCUCACCAGCUGUCAAUCUGAUCGCUGGUGGUGGCGCCGGUAUGAUGGAGGCCCUUGUAUGCCAUCCGCUAGAUACUAUCAAAGUCCGCAUGCAGCUGUCUCGACGGGCCACGGCGCCAGGUGUCAAACCCCGCGGCUUCGUAAAAACCGGUGUUGAUAUCGUCAAGAAGGAGACUGGCCUGGGUCUAUACAAGGGUCUCGGAGCUGUUCUCGGUGGUAUCAUUCCCAAAAUGGCCAUUCGAUUUACCUCCUACGAGUCAUACAAGCAAAUGCUUGCGGAUAAGGACACUGGCGCUGUCACCAGUAAAGGGACCUUCCUAGCUGGUCUUGCUGCGGGUGUUACCGAAGCCGUCGCAAUCGUAAACCCCAUGGAAGUCGUAAAAAUCCGCCUUCAGGCGCAACACCACUCCCUCGCUGAUCCCCUCGACGCACCUAAGUACCGCUCCGCCCCGCACGCCCUCUUCACCGUCAUCAAAGAAGAAGGUUUCAGCACCCUCUACCGCGGUGUCUCCCUAACUGCCCUGCGCCAGGGUACCAACCAAGCCGCCAACUUCACAGCCUACACGGAGCUCAAGGCCUUCCUGCAACGCGUCCAGCCCGAGUACAGCAACAGCCAGCUUCCUUCUUACCAAACGACCGUUAUCGGAUUGAUCUCUGGUGCGGUGGGUCCGUUCUCGAAUGCGCCGAUUGAUACGAUUAAGACGCGCCUGCAGAAGACGAGGGCUGAGCCCGGGCAGAGCGCCGUCUCUAGGAUUAUGUACAUCGCGCGCGAGAUGUUCAAGCAGGAAGGUGCGAGCGCCUUCUAUAAGGGUAUCACGCCACGUGUGAUGCGUGUUGCGCCUGGACAGGCUGUGACAUUCACAGUGUAUGAGUACUUGAAGGGGAAGCUGGAGGCCUCGAACUGGGCGUUUGUCGGGGGCAAGUUUGAGGAGUAG